GUUCCCUGGAGGAAGUUUUGUUGUCAGCACCCAUUGUGAUCCAGGAGUACAACAGUCAGCCAACUUGAUAAGGAGAAAGCCACAGUGUGGAGAGAAGCAAUGUUCUUUGUCAACUGUUAUUAACCCUUGUGCUACCAGUUUAAGGAACUUUGGGAGUUAUAAAACAGACAUUAUCCUGCUAGUCCAUUGGAGGGUGAGACAUAUUGUGCAAGGAGAGCUGACAGCAUUGCUGCACACUUCCAACAACACCAGAGGGAGCACCAGCUAUACCCUUACCAAGGGACACAUCACCAGUUCUUUUAUUGCGGUCACAUCAGGGAGAUAAUCCAGUUGGACCGUUGAGCAGCAACAUAAGGUUCCCUUCACAAGUUUCUAUGAAGGUGUUACUGACUCAACUUGUAGAUACAGCCUUGCCUCAGUUGCUGCUGUAUCUAGAACCAAAAAGGAGGCACAACCUUGCAUCCGAGGGGUACUACAGAAGUUUGGAAAGAAUACCAGAAUACUGGCACCAUAAUGCAUUGCCCGUUCAACUCAGUCAUAUGUUUCCUCCAGCUGGAAAGUUCCAAGCUCAAAAGAUGUGUGCCACCAGCCUAAAGAUGUUGUCCUAGCUGGUAUACAACCAAAGAGGAAGCAAGGCUUAUUAAAAAAAACUUGUAGUUUCAGAUUGAGUGGAUGUGAAAGUUCCUUAUAAGAAAACACGGGGGCAAGAUCACAUCACAGCAAGAAAUCAGCAGGACUCAUCAUGAGACCGUUCAGUAUGUUAAUGUUUAUGACAAUAUGUCUUCUAUUGAUCAUGGGACAGCCAGCAAUAAGUGAAGGUCUUCCUCAACCAACCUUAUCGGUAAUCACAAAUGAUCCUGAUGAUGUGAUUAUGGAGGGCGACACAAUCAGCUUUUUCUGUGAAACCACAUACGGGAACGCAAAGAGGUUCUUUUUAACAAGUCUCGGCACUAAUGAGACAAAAGAGCAGAGUGGAUCACAGUUUACUAUCAGCCAAAUCACCAGUUACUAUUCUGGAGCACACACGUGUAAAUACUGUGACCAGUCUUCAUGCUCGGAGCCUAGUGACCCUGAACACAUCUAUGUUCGAGACACAUUCCCAGAGCCAAUCAUUUCUGUGCAACCACGCAAAAUUGUCCACUCUGGAGAAAGAAUGACAAUCACAUGCAGUGCUCACUUCGACAAUAUCAUCUUUUUCAUCUACAAAGACAAUGAGUUAGUUAUGGAAGCCGCUGCCAGCAGGAAUACAACUUCAUAUGAAAUACAAAGCAUGGCAAAGCAAAAUGCUGGUCAGUACAUGUGCUGGUAUAAGAAAACAACAAACAACAGGCUGAUUCAGUCUCACCCGAGUGACCCCCUGAUGAUACGGAUUAAAGACCUGCCCAAACCUACAGUUGAUGUGGAAAUUCCUAAAGCAGAAGUUACAAGUGUCAGAAUUAACUGCACAGUUCUGGGUACAAACAGGAAGUUGUGGUUCCAGUUAUUAAGGGAAGAUAAAACAGUUGAACAGGAAGUAGAGGACACAGAACAAACCAAAGUGACAUUCACAAUCAUGGAUCGGAAUGAAAAAUAUUACUGCAUUUACCGGAUACGCAUUGGUACUGACUUUGCUGACUCUGAAUUAAGUGACAUGAUAUUCCUGGGAAAAGGGCUAGCUGAUUAUACCAUGGGCAACUGUUUCCAUGUAGUUCUCUCUGCCAUCCUCCUUAUAGCCACUGGCCUCAUUCUCUUCAACCACAUCAGACAAAAACAGAAUCGCAGAGAACCUGUCCCUGACCUGCCCGCUGCCCGACUCCUGAUUGUCAAAGAGUCAGAGGAACUGGAAAUGGAGAUCCAGCGGGAACCUGCUAAGGAAAACGAAUAUAAAGACUGACAUCUUCAUUUUCAAUCUGUUAAACACAAUGGAUCUCAUUUAUCAACACUUGCAAUAACCUAAUCAUAGAAUUGCUUUCAUUAUUCUGCCUGCAGAAGACUAAUGAUGUAAAAACAAAAAUUGAGAGUUUCUCCAAAAAAGAAUGAACCGAAAAUUACAAUAACUUUUAUUAGGCCAUUACAGAUGAAAGCCUAAUGUGUUUCUUGCCUUCGUCGUAUGAGUAAGUGUCCAAAUAGGCACGAAACGCAUCCUAAUAAAUGUUUUUGUAUUUUUAACCAUUUGCGGUUGAUUCUUGGUGGUAAAACUCACAAUUUUUGUUUUUGCCUCAUAUACAUGCACCCAUAGACUGGGAUGAACUGUGAGUAUUCUCUCUCUCUCUCUCUCGUUGUUAUUGUUUAUUUUUGUUAUUGGACUUUAAUAUACUUCGGUAUGGCUUACAUUUCCAUUGCCAUCUUGUACCAUUUUCUUUAAAUGUUGUAUGCAGAAGACUAAUUACAAUUAGCACUUGAUAUACUUAUUCUUCAUUAAAUAAGCGUUUUUUUUCUUUUA